UGGCCCUCAUAAUUUAAAUCGGGUAUUCGGGCUCAAAAUAUAGCGAGAGACUGACUUUGAGCGAACUUAAAACUAGUGCUGACAUAAGCGGAACCCAUUCUGCCGUUUUGAUAUCUAAGCACGGCGUCAUCACUGAGCAUAAAUUGAGGUCCGAGGCGGAGAGUUUAGAGAUCAUCUGAUGAGUAGUUUUGCUCGACCAGACUUGUCAAGAUCAUGGCGCCCAGCAUUGUUCUCGUCCCUGGCAUGGCCAGCGUCGGGAACGUCUUUUACAUGCCUUUGAAGUUAGAGCUCGAAAAGCUCGGCUAUACUGAGGUAAUAAUUGUUGAGAUUCCCUCCGUGGACUCUGAAUCGAGACUUGGCGAUCUUCGACCAAAUCCUUUAGAAGCGGACAUCAAACAUAUCCGACAGAUCUUGACGAACCUUUUGGACGGCGGGAAAGAUGUUGUGAUUGUUGCACACUCUUACGGAGGAACGCCGUCGCUCUACGCUUCUGAAGGCCUUUGGAAACAUGCCAGAUCUGGAGAUAGCGGUGGCGUAAUUAAAGCCGUGCUCUUAAGCUCCAGCUUAACAAUGCCGGGACAUAGUGUCGGAGGGGAAAGAGCACAGUGGGCAGCUGUUCACAUGCCGGAGUUGCUGAAAGCUCAGGAAUCAGCGCGCAUAGAGACAGUUGAAGAUAUUCCUUUUCUUCAUCCCGAAGGCAUGGAGCAAGCUUUCUUCGCCGAUAUGAAUCCUGAAGAACAAAAGCUGUGGGCUGCAAAAGGUCUACGGCCCAACCCUCUUGGAACCGUUAUGGCCGAAACUCCUCAGGCAACUACAUCAGACUGGCGGGUAGCGUAUCUACUAACAGAGGAACUUGACCCAUCCAUGCCUCUUGCUUUUCAGCAAUUCUUAAUUGAUCAAGGGAGAAAGCAUGGCGUGGCUAUCGAGCAGACAAAGAAAAUGAAAAGUGGCCACUUUGUGCAGGUGACUCAUUCGGAAGAAGUUGCGAAAUGGGUAAACGAGAUUACAACUUGAGAAGCAUGAAGAAAGACUCGCGACAUCACGGUUAAGUCUGUGUAUGGGUGUAAAAUUUUUGUUGGCAUGUGCCUACUAUGCCUUUCCGUGCAGCUACAAAGCCAAGUUGAACUAUUGAAGGCCAAUAGAAAGCAAAAAUGCUAGCCUGUCCAUAGCGCCCACGUUAUUUCUUUGUCU